AUGGGUAGAAAGCGUUCAUAUAACUCCGAUAUCAGUAGUGAUCCAAAGCCACUUGCAAAGUGGAGGCAAGUUGAGAUAUUGCUCGAGCCUCCGCCUAACGGAUAUGACAACAUAUUCCGGGAAUGGCUGGACAAAUGGCGAGAGUACAACAGUGAUAGCCCUGUCAGCGGCGAGAUUAUUUGUGCUAUUGCAAAUGCUCGGCUUGCCAUCGCUGCUCUUGUUGAAGAGGUCAACACGCGUACAGAAGAUGAUAAGCUGGACGAGAAGAAGCGUAAAACUGCUGAACAGGAUCAUGGCUACCUCAAGCAGGUCGAGGAAGCUGACAACCAGCGCCAGUUACCUGUGAACAAGACUAAUACACUGAAGCACCUCAUCUCAGCCAGUCUUAAUGCUCUCGAGAGCGUCGACAAAUUGGUGGAUCCUGAAAGCUACUACGGGCCAAUGCCAUUUGAUCUUGUCGAAAGACUCGAAGCCAGAGCAAACACAUAUGGUGGAUUCAAUUAUGCUGGCUCAGACUGGCCUAUGCCACUGAUUACUAUCGACAAGGCUAUGGAUGGGCAAUAUUCGGGGCAGCAGGAAAUGUUGCUUUCUACAAAUGAAAACUUGCCCAGCGCUAGGAUUCCGCUGGAUUAUGAUCACUAUUCAGAUCUCUCAGAGAGGCACUUUAAGAUAUGCACCACCUUCAACAAGCUCUGGCUUGCCAAUGUCAUCGAUAGGAAGCUGUACGCAGAGAAAACGUAUAGCGAUGUCAUGAAGGCGAAAGAUAAUUAUGACAGGGUGUGGAUGGAGAACGACAUGAAGAUUUUAGAGGCCAUGGAAGCAGUAGAAGAUGGAUAUAGCACCUGA